AUGUGGCAAAUCUAUAUUGCUUUAAUAUCGAGUGCAUAUCAUUUUGAACUGGAACAAUGUGGUGAUAUAGUCUAUGUUGCGUUGAAACCUGUUGUACCUGACGAAUAUUUCUGUAGACUUGCAGAUACUGACAUUGUUAAAAAAAUAAUCAAAGAUCAAAAUAUUGAUCUGGGAUAUAACCAUCUUAUAGAUACAGCGGAUCAGUUUGCAUCGAAUCUGAUAAAGGACAUGUACUUAUACUCAAAAACCAGAAACGGCAGGUUUUAUAAUAGACAGAUAGAGGAGUUAAAAACGGUUGGCGAGUAUAUAAAGAAAACCAAUGUGGAGGAAAUGAGGAAAUACAAUAUACCUUCAUGUUUGACAACAUAUAAAAAGAUAUUAAAAAUAACCGAGUCAACAGCAGAUCAACUAGAAAGAAAUGUUGAUAUAGUUGGCUAUGCCGAUAAGGCAAUAAAAUUCAAAACAGAACCAGGCAAAAUCAACAUUUGUUUCCUUGAAGUAUUCAGAGUGACUAACAACAGAUCAAAAUACUUUCUGUUUCAAUUUAAAGACUACAUUUAUGAUAAAAAGAGUGCAAAGCAAUUGUAUGCGAAUUGGGAUGCAAUAGACAACAACAUUCAACUACCAGAUGUAUACAACAAUACAUCAUAUGGCACUAUUAGUAUAAACAGAGUCAUUGUCAAAGCUCUACCAGGUCAAACAUACGAAAUACCAAAUACACGAUGUACUAAAGUGAUAUUUCAAGGUAACAUAGAACCAAACGAGAACAUCGAAAAUUUGCAUCAGACAGAGCAUGAAGUAUUUCAAACGUUGAUGUUGAUAACUAUCAACCCAGCGAAUAUUGAGGAAAAGGUUAUAUUGUUAAAGAAGUUACACAAACAGAUGGGUACCUUGAAACAUCAGGAUGAUAAUGAUGUGAUCGUAGAAUGUCUACAAAAUGCAGUUAAAGAGAUUAGUGAACAGCUUAACAUUAGGAAAAUAGCAGCAUGGGAUUUCAUUAACAGGAAUUUCUCAAAGUAUGAGAUGUUAAGGUAUUUCUGUAUAUACAAGCAUUCUAUUGGUAACUACUAUUUUUGGGCCAUAGUAUAUAAUACUAUGGACGCGGAUGAGAAUGAUGGCAAUGCAUACUAUGACCCAAUACAGAAUACUCAACUGAUCAACUUUAUUAAGUUAUGGGAUGGAAUGGGAGAAAGAAUGAAAAAAGAAGAAAUAAUCAUGAAAGGUUUUGAAGCUGUAGCCAAGGACAUCAAAAAGAUCAAAUAUACAAACAUUAAAUCCGUAUACACCGAAAAACUAAAAGAGAUAGAAUUGGAAGACUCUAUGAUUGUGAUGACUGAAGAAGGAGAGAAAUGGGGAGCUUAUUUGAUAGCUGGAGUUUGGAUGGUAUUUGUUGUGGUGUUCACCAUAGUCAUUCUGGUAUACAACAUGUAUGCCAAAAAUAGGACAAAGAUAGAUAACAAUCAAAUAUGA